AUGGUGAAAAGUAACGGAAGUACUCCAGUGACAGAGUUCCUCUUCUCUGGGUUUCCCCAGCUUGAAGAUGGCAGCGUCCUCCUCUUCAUCCCUCUGUUCAUCGUUUACCUGUUCAUUGUUAUCGGGAAUCUCACUGUGUUUUUUGCAGUCAGGAUGGAUAGUCGUCUCCACAACCCCAUGUACAAUUUCAUCAGCAUUUUCUCAUUCCUGGAGAUCUGGUACACCACGGCAACGAUUCCCAAGAUGCUCUCCAACCUGGUCAGUAAGCAGAGGACCAUCUCCAUGAUCGGCUGCCUCUUGCAGAUGUACUUCUUCCAUUCUCUGGGGAACUCAGAGGGGAUCUUACUGACCACCAUGGCUAUCGACAGGUAUGUGGCCAUCUGUAACCCGCUCCGCUACCCAACCAUCAUGACUCCCCGGCUCUGUGCUCAGCUCUCAGCGGGCUCUUGCAUUUUUGGCUUUCUGGUGCUGCUCCCAGAGAUCGCCUGGAUUUCCACACUGCCCUUCUGUGGCCCCAACCAAAUCCAUCAGAUCUUCUGUGACUUUGAACCUGUGUUGCACUUGGCCUGUACAGACACAUCCAUGAUUCUGAUGGAGGACGUGGUCCAUGCUGUGGCCAUCAUCUUCUCUGUCUUGGUGAUUGCCAUCUCGUACAUCAGGAUCAUCAGUGUCAUCCUGAGUGUGCCCUCUGCUGAGGGCCGCUGGAAGGCUUUCUCGACCUGUGCCGCCCACCUUGGGGUCUUCCUGAUGUUCUACGGCAGUGUGUCCCUCAUGUACCUGCGUUUCUCAGCCACUUUUCCGCCAGUUUUGGACACAGCCAUUGCACUGAUGUUUGCAGUUCUCGCUCCUUUUUUCAACCCCAUCAUUUAUAGUUUGAGAAAUAAGGACAUGAAAAUGGCAAUUAAGAAGCUUCUCUGCUCUCAGAAGAUGCUUACUUCAUCCACACGUUAA